AUGGUGAAAUGUGAUAUGUUGUUAAACAACCUUUGCGAAUCUUUUAAUGCUGCAAUAGUUGAUGCUAGAGACAAGCCGAUAAUUACUUUGCUAGAAAAGAUUCGUUAUUGGCUAAUGAGUCGGUUUUUCAAUAAGAGGGAAAGUAUGAAGAAGUGGAUACAUCUCGUGGGAAAAAGAAUAUUGCAAGUUGUGGAGGAGAACAAGAGUAUUACCAAGAAUUGUCUGACUACUAGGGCUGCAACUUAUCAAUUUCAAGUUGACUGCCCAAAUAAUGAGUCAUUUGAUGUUGAUUUGCAAAAAAGGACUUGCAGUUGCCGAAGAUUUCAACUCACUGGUAUCUCGUGUGGUCACGCACUGGUUGCCAUAUGGACAAGUGGGGCAAAGAUAAUGGACUAUAUCUAUGAAUGUUAUAAGAAAGAGACAUUUCUGAAAGCUUAUGCAGGAAACAUAUACCCUAUGCCAAGCCCAGAGCAGUGGCCAGACACUGGUUUGAACCCUAUAUACCCACAUUUUGAAACUAAUCUGCCAGGGAGACCAAAAAAGGCCAGAAGAAGAGAGUCUGAUGAACCACCCCCAAGUUCAACAAAAACUCGAAGGUUUGGUCAGAUCCAUUGUGCAAAAAGUGCAAACAACCAGGCCACACAAGCAAAACAUGCCCCAACCCAACAAAUGCUCAGGUAA